CCCUGCUGCCGGCUCCGGGAAGCAACCGUUCCCCCCGUUCCAGAGUGAAGCCUCGCCGUACUAGAAACCAACCAUGACGACUCUGCGUUCUAUGCUCACCCUGCUGCUGCUGGUGCUCCUCCUCACAUUCUGGCCGGCGUCUUCCUCCUCCUCGUUGGCUGGUGAGCACGGCGACCGUGAAGCACUGCUGGCGUUCAAAGAGGCGCUGUCUGAUGACUCAGGCGCGCUAAGCUCAUGGAACGACAGCAGCUCCGACUUCUGCCGCUGGGCCGGCGUGAAAUGCAGCCGCUGGCACCCGGGCAGGGUGGUCUCUCUAAGCCUGCCCGACGCCAAUCUGGGAGGCAGCAUCUCUCCGGACAUCGGCAACCUCACCUUCCUUCGGAGGCUCGACCUUCUCAACAACAAGCUUUCAGGGGAGAUACCGCGCACCCUCGACCGGCUACGCCGUCUGCGGUUUCUUGAUUUGGCUUACAACUCUCUUGCCGGGGAGAUCCCUGCAGACCUCUCCAACUGCUCCAACCUCGUGUACCUGAGCUUCGAGGUCAAUGAGCUCCACGGUGGAAUCCCCAGUGGCCUGGGCUCGCUAUCUCAGCUGCAGGUCCUGUACGUAGGCGAGAACAACAUCGGAGGGCGCAUACCCCCUUCACUCGGUAACCUCUCCGUGCUUGAGAGCCUGGCGCUCUAUCAGAACAGGCUGGAAGGAACCAUCCCGGAGGGCCUCUCCCGUUUGGGAUACCUCCGGUACAUCCAGGCCGGGAGGAAUAGCCUCUCCGGCACAAUUCCACUACUCUUCUUCAACAUGUCGUCUCUUCAGUAUCUCGGAUUCAGCUCCAACAAGAUGCAUGGCAAGUUGCCGCCGGAUGCAGGGAGGCACCUGCCUGACCUGCAAGUGCUCCGUUUGGGUGGCAUUGGGAACAACUUUUCCGGGCCGAUCCCACCUUUCCUGCGUAAUGCCACCAGGAUACAGGAGCUGGGUCUUGCCAACAACAGCUUUGAAGGAACGGUGCCUCCUGAGGUAGGGAUGCUCUGCCCAGUGAGUGUUGAGAUGGGGAGCAACAUGCUACAAGCCGAGGACGAUGCGGACUGGGAGUUCGUCAGACAUUUCACGAACUGCAGCCGUCUUGAGGUUCUAGAUAUUAGUGAUAACGCCUUUGGAGGAGUGCUUCCAAGUUUUGUGGCGAAUUUCACAGGGCCACUGAACAAUCUACUCAUGGGAAAGAACCGGUUGUCAGGAGUGAUCCCUCCGGGUAUCGGAAACCUACUUGACCUUGAGGCCCUAGAAUUCGCUGGAAAUAAUCUGCAUGGUGUCAUUCCUGAGGAUAUUGGAUGGCUUCGGAACCUCAAGUACUUCUCGCUGGAGGAGAAUCGCCUAUCAGGAGGUAUACCGCCCUCCUUUGGUAACCUCACGCAACUGCUCACCCUCGUAUUAUCAAACAAUAGGCUCAAUGGUUCCAUUCCUGAGAACCUUGGGAGCUUGCAGAAGUCAACAACCAUGAAGUUAUCCUCGAACAGGCUUACCGGUGCUAUCCCUGAAGUAAUAUUCAGCCUCUCAUCGCUAACAGAUUCGCUGUUGCUUUCUGAUAACUAUCUUUCUGGUGUUCUUCCUCCACAAAUUGGCAACCUCAAGCACGCGACAACAUUGGAUCUGUCGAGAAACAACUUAUCCGGACAAGUACCGCGAGCACUUGGCGAUUGUGCAAGUUUAGUAUCCUUAGCUCUAGAUGACAAUUACUUCACAGGGAGCAUCCCUCCGUCAAUUGGCGAUUUGAAGGGUUUGAGUGUGCUGAAUUUCACAAGAAAUGCUCUGUCUGGUACCAUCCCUCAAGAGUUGAGCAAGAUUCAUGGGCUGCAAAAGCUGUACCUUGCCCACAACAACCUGUCAGGAGCCAUUCCACAACUUCUUGCGAACUCAAGCGCUCUUGUAGAGCUAGACCUCUCCUAUAACCAUCUAGAUGGCGAGGUGCCGUCAUACGGCGUGUUCAGUAAUACGAGCAGGAUUUCUGUAAUUGGAAAUGAUGGGCUUUGUGGUGGUGUUGCAGAGAUGAAACUGCCUCCGUGUGUAGUCAAGCCACAUAGCCACCAAAAACUGUUGCAGCUUAAGAUUUUGCUUCCGGUUGCUGGCAUUGUUAUAUUGUUAUCUCUUCUUCUAUUGUUUGUGCUCUUUCUAUGCAAAGGGAAUAGAAAAGGAUUGGACAGGAACAAUGCUACGGAAGACCGUCUGUUGGACUUGGACAUCAACCAGUAUCCUAGAGUUUCAUACCUUGAACUGUUUGAAGCUACUGAUGGUUUCUCCCCGAGUAAUCUCAUAGGAGCUGGAAAAUAUGGAUCCGUGUAUAAAGGAAAUUUGUCUUUUGCAGCUGCCAGGAAUUCAAUUGUGGCAGUCAAAGUGUUUACUCUACAGCAACCUGGUUCUUCCAGGAGUUUUUUGGCUGAAUGCGAGGCUCUGAGACAAGUUAAACAUAGGAACUUGAUCAAUAUCAUCACUUGUUGCUCCGGUACGGACUCUAGAGGGAAUGACUUUCGAGCUCUAGUGUUUGACUUCAUGCCCAGGUACAGCUUGGAUAGGUGGCUGCAACCAAGAAGCAAUGAGCAGACGCACAAGUUAAGUCUUGCCCAGUUGUUGAACAUUGCAAUUGAUGUAGCAGAUGCACUAGACUAUCUUCACAACAGUAGUUGGCCAACGGUGAUCCAUUGUGAUUUGAAGCCUAGCAACAUCCUCCUUGGUAGUGACUGGACUGCUUAUGUUGCUGACUUUGGGCUUGCAAAGCUGGUUGGUGAACCCAUGGAUCAAUCAAAUUUGAAUAUUGGGACUGAAAGCACUAUAGGGAUAAGAGGAACCAUCGGAUAUGUUGCUCCAGAAUAUGGAGCGGGUGGUCAAGCAUCAGUUGCCGGUGAUGCCUACAGUUUUGGGGUUACUCUACUUGAGAUGUUCACAGGGAAGGCACCUACUGAUGAUAUGUUCACAGAAGGCUUGACUCUGCACUUGCUUGCUGAGGCAGGGUUACCUGACAAGAUACCAGAAAUCAUUGACCCAGAGAUACUGCUUGAUGAAUUGCACGACGAUGACUCGGGGAUACUCAUCAAUUGCUUAACUUCGGUAAUAGAAGUUGGUGUUUCAUGUUCAAAGGACAGCCCGUCAGAAAGAAUGAACAUGAAACAUGCUGCUGCUAAGCUGAACAAAAUAAGGGAGGAAAUUGAAAGAAUCCCUUAGGAUUCAUAAAAGGCAAAAUUUACCACUGGACAGUGGACACCAUCAAAAGGUAUCUUUUGCUGUGAGACAUUAAAAAAGAAUGCCUUGCUAGAAGAUAUUAUAAAACUACUCAUUAUAACUGAGACACUGCACCUAUUAUUCUACUCAUUAUAACUGAGAGGUAACUGGAAAAGAGAAAUAUGCCCCGCUGCCUUAUCCCAUAGCGGAGGCACAUGCCUACAGCCUACUACUACUUCCAGUUCCAGUAACAUGAUCCUCUAACCCCAAAAAAAGAAUAGACUAAAUGACCCAGACCAAUGUUGAAAAAGAACCAUUGAGGUCUACCAUCCAAAAAUGUCAACACCUGAAGGGCAUCUCACCAGUCUUUGUCGUAUUGAGGUAUAACAAAGACUAGAUGGUCCAAAGGCUAAUGAAAAAAAUACCAUUGAAGUCUACCAUCCAACUUCGUGCAAUGUGAGGUAGUUCUAUGUCAGGAAUGAGGUAUCAACCACCUUCAUGGCUACAUUACAACUGAGGAAUUCUGAUAGCAGGCACCACACCUUGUUUUGUACAACAUAAAAGGCAAACAAUCGGAGCGAAACAGAGCUUCGUCCACGCCCUCUGUUUCAAGGUACACUCACCCCCUGGCUUCCCAAAAGCUCAGUGCAUCCUUUUCUGCUCCAUGCCAAGGUUGAAAAAACAUGCAUGUUCUACUCUCGGCCUUGGAAAGACAUUUCUGUUAUGCGUUGCAGUAUCGCAAAUUUGCUCCAUCAACCCCAACCCGGGACUUGAUUCAACAACCAUGAUGUAACAAUGUCGUCCAGUCAUAAGCCUAGUCUGUAAACAUCAAAUCUAGGCCAUUUGAUUCUUGGGGAUGGCUGCUUCCAUUUUCCUCUAGUAUAUCACAUGCAUUUUCUUUUCGCAUUUUACGCUCUUCAAUCACUGCUUCAAUUGAGUCCGUACAGUAAAGCCCCCUCGAGUACCCUUGUGGUCUAUCAGCUACAAUGAAUUUGUUGCCCUCUCUGCCUCGUUCAGGAAAGCCAGCCCAGACUGCCAAAAAAAAAAAAAUUUCAGGCAACUAUGAUAAGGAAAUGAAUUAACCUAUGGAGUGAUUGCCGAUUCUAUGGUCAAAUGUUCGCCAGAACUUUAAGUUCGAUUCCAGAACCUAGAAUGUGAGUUUGUGUGCUUGUGAUUCAAAUGGUCUCUAACAACAACAUGCUUUUGUACAGGAUUGGAUUGGGGCUAAGAAAGGGAGAGAAAAAAACUGAGAUAGAACCAACAGAGCAUGUUUUUUUGGGCUUACAGGACUAGUCGUAAACUAUGUUCAAUAGCAAAGAUUCUUUCAUCAUCUUGGCAAAACUACCAAAAAAAGGGUACAUAACUAAUAAAUUGGUGUACUGAGUAAAUGUUAACAACAGCCAGUUUUAUGCACAACUUAUGGGCUAUGGCUAUCGCCAACAUUGAAGAUGGUUAUACAAAAAAGGAACAAAAGGAAGUUUGGAGUCAACAGCUUUAUAGAACAGUUAUAAUGUAAAAGUUAAAACAAAUACUAGCAUAAGCAUCUCUACAUUUAUAAGACCAGGACUGCAGUCUGCCUCUGCAAUAUUAAUAGUGUGCCUUAAGCCCUUAAAGUAUUGUAAUUGCUUAUGCUUUCAGAAAUCAUCACCAAAGAUACAGUAAUAGAUCAGGUUUUCCUCUGGAUAUGCUUUAUUAUACAUAUUAAAUGUUGUGAUUCCACUGUUUGCAAACAUCAGCAAAUCAAUAAAUAUUUUGCAGUACCAAAAAUUGAACUAGAACUUUUUUUACAGCAACAUAAAUGUGUCACUUUAAAAAAGUUGGUAUAUAAGGCCACAAAAUAUUUUAAUCGACUCCGGUCAGUUAUCACGUCGAGUAAUAUAUAUGUCCACAAAUAGUUCUUGACCACAGCUUGCAGAGAGAACAUGCGAUUAUUUAGAGUAAGAAAAUGGAAAUCUGGCAUUUUGCAGCUCCAAAAAACAGUUAAGUUUAAAAGCAACAACUUUGGUGUGACUAUUUACAGCUUUGCACAUUCCAGCUUUCUAUUUGAUUAACUUUAUACAUUACCCAAAAAAUGCUGAAAUGACAGGAGUGAGAUGGAUUUUUACCUGCAAAGUGGUGGAGAACGAUUGAAGCUGCAACUGUAACAUUGAGAGAUGCUGUUCCACCACCAUAUUGAGGGAUGUAGACAAAGAAGUCGCAGAUCUCACACUCUUUUUGUGAGAGUCCUGUACCCUGCCGGAUGACCCACCCAAGAAAUAGACAGUUAAGCAAGAAUAAAGGGCAACAAUUAUUAGCUACGGCUGUGUACUAAUAAGAACCCCUCUAACUGAAAUUAGGCAGUAUUAUGCAGCAGCCUUAAUAGAAUUUUCAUCCCAGAACUCAAAAUAACAUCUGUGGUAACAUAUUCAUGGUAACAAACGAUUCUACAGUUGAUGCGAAGCACAUGUACAAUUUGUAAGAGAGAUGCAUAUUUCUUCCAAAUUACACUUUGGUCGAGCUAAUUUAUUAUUGAA